AUGGUGGAUUUUCCAGGGUACACUCUAUCCGGUACAGUUGCCUCCUUUUUCUUCAUACUGCUGACCAUGAAGCAGUCAGAUGACUUUACAGUGAUUAGUCCUGCCCAUUCUAUACUGGCCAAGAUCGGAGACGACUCCCUCCUAACCUGUCAGCUUCUCCCCAAGAGGACUGCGAUGCAUAUGGAGGUGAGGUGGUACCUCUCAGAGCCCAGCACACCUGUGUUUGCAUACAAGGACGGGGCUGAGGUGACCGAAAUGCAAUUGGAGGAGUACAGAGGCCGGGUAGAGUGGAUAGAGGACGACAUUGCCGAGGGAAGUGUGACUCUGAAGAUUUACAACAUCCAACCAUCCGACCAUGGGCAAUACUGGUGCCGCUUCCAAGAGAGGACUUAUUGUGCAGAAACAAGCUUGCAGCUCGAAGUAGCAGGUCUGGGAUCUGCCCCUGACAUUCACAUGGAGGGGACUGUGGAAAGUGGAGUUCAGCUUGUGUGUACUGCAGAAGGCUGGUUCCCAGAGCCCCAGGUGUACUGGAAAAAUUCCAGGGGAGAGAAGAUGCUGACUCACUCUGAGCACUACAUCCAAGAUGAAGAUGGCCUGUUCUAUGUGGAAUCCACUCUUGUGGUCAGGGAUGCCUCUGCAGAGACUGUGUCUUGUGUCAUCUACAGCCCCAUUCUCAGUGAGGAGAAGAGGUCAGCCAUCUCCAUCCCAG